AGCAUGUCGGGAUAUUGUGAAUGUAAACACUUGGAAUAGGGAAUGUUACCUACCAGUGGCAAUACCUAUGCCAUGGAUACCUAUGGAUCUUCAGAACGCUGGCACUGUUGUACCAUUCUAUUCUGCUCUACUUCAUCAUUGUUGUAUUUAAUUGUGUGUCCUCAGAUUUCCUAGUACAAAUAUUAAGAUUGUGUUCCAGUCUUUAGUAGAAGACAAUCCCCAACAACAGCUCCACCCCCUCCACAGCUGGAAACCCCACCAAAGAAGAAGGCACCAUUACCUCCAUUAAAGAUCAACAUCCCAGAUCCUGUUCAGCCGCCACGGUUCGAAAGUCCUUGUCCAUCUCCAACUGGGACCAUCAGUGCAGCAAAUUCUUGUCCAACCUCUCCAAGAGGAGACACAUCCUACCGUCCUAACUUUAUAUCGGAGGCACAGAUCGCUGCCCUGAAUGCCGCUGUAACUUCAAACAGUAGUGCUAACAGUCUUACUAACAAUAAUAGCAUUAAACACGAAGAAAAAGACAAUACCCCUAUGUUACAAAAUAGUGAAACAUCAAGUGGAGGCGGGGGAAGUCCCAAAGAUGAUUCAAAGCCUCCUUAUUCUUACGCACAGUUGAUAGUUCAAGCUAUAUCAUCAGCGCCUGAUAAGCAAUUGACACUCAGUGACAUCUAUGCUUAUAUAACAAAAAAUUAUCCUUAUUACAGAACAGCUGACAAAGUUUGGCAGAAUUCAAUUAGACAUAAUUUAUCAUUGAAUCAUUAUUUUGUCAAAUUACCUCGAUCACAAGAUGAACCCGGUAAAGAAUCAUUCUGGAGAAUAGAUCCCGCAUCAGAGGCCAAGUUAACAGAACAAUCAUUCAGAAGACGUCGCCAGAGAGGUGUGCCAUGUUUUAGUGCAACAUUUGGGGGCCUUUCCACUAGUGCAGCAAAUUCUUGUCCAACCUCUCCAAGAGGAGGCACACCCUACCGUCCUAACUGUAUAUUGGAGGCACAGAUCACUGCCCUGAAUGCCCCUGUAACUUCAAACAGUAGUGCUAACAGUCUUACUAACAAUAAUAGCAUUAAACACGAAGAAAAAGACAAUACCCCUAUGUUACAAAAUAGUGAAACAUCAAGUGGAGGCGGGGGAAGUCCCAAAGAUGAUUCAAAGCCUCCUUAUUCUUACACACAGUUGAUAGUUCAAGCUAUAUCAUCAGUGCCUGAUAAACAAUUGACACUCAGUGGCAUCUAUGUUUAUAUAACAGAAAAUUAUCCUUAUUACAGAACAGCUGACAAAGUUUGGCAGAAUUCAAUUAGACAUAAUUUAUCAUUGAAUAGUUAUUUUGUCCAAGUACCUCGAUCACAAGAUGAACCCGGUAAAGGAUCAUUCUGGAGAAUAAAUCCCGCAUCAGAGGCCAAGUUAACAGAACAAGCAUUCAGAAGACGUCGCCAGAGAGGUGUGCCAUGUUUUAGAGCACCAGUUGGGGGCCUUUCCACUAGAUCUGCACCUACUGUUGAUGCUCAAGUAUAACUACAAGUAUGGACCUUCAUGUUGGAUAAAUGCAUAGACUUUUUACAAGUAUCACUCCUAACGUUGGCUUGCCAGUAGGCCUGCCCUUUUUAAAAAUCCUUGAUCCGCACCUGAAAUGCAAAUCUUUUCGAGCUUGUCAAUUGUAUCUGAAAUAUUUAAUUUAUACUAGUGGUCUCAAUUAUUAUGUAUAUUCAGAGUACAAGUUUUUAUAAUAGCUUUUGAAAUUAAAUCAAGAAAAAAUACAGCAUCAAGGGAAAUUAUCAUAAUAAAAAAUGUUGCCACUUUAA